AUGGCAUCAAAUAAUACAAUCCCGCUUACAAUGAAGGCCGCUCAAUGGCGCACGAUCAGAGGCGGAAUCGAAAAAAACCUGAAGUUAACCGUCAAUGCCAAACUCCCGGAAGACUCCCACAGUCUAGCAAACGGUCACACGCUUGUCAAAGUCGCGUACGCAUCAGUCAAUCAUCUAGAUUAUAAAGUUGCCGAGAUGCCAUUGGCAAGCCUGCUAUUUACCAAGCCUGUUACACCAGGUCUUGACUACUCUGGAACAGUUAUAUCCACUACACUUGAAGAUUUCGGGGCCGGGGAACGUGUCUUUGGGAGAACCGAGUUGCCGACCGGUGGAACUAUGGCAGAGUAUGUUGUAGUUGGGGAGGAGGGUUUGGCCGCGGUGCCAGAUGGAGUGUCUUUAAGGGAUGCGGCAUGUAUUGGAAUUUGUGGAGCAACUAAUGUGCAAUACCUUGCAUCCGUCAUCAAACCGGGAGACAAGGUCUUCAUCAAUGGUGGCAGCGGUGGUGUCGGUACAUUUGCGAUUCAAGUUGCGAAGGCUUUGGGGUGUUCACAUAUUACAACUACUUGUUCAGCCUUGAAUGCUGAGUUCUGUCGUGCUCUUGGGGCUGAUGAGACCAUCGAUUACAAGUCUGAAGACGUGUUGACCAUGUUAAAGAACAGGGAGGAGCAGUUUGAUCUGGUCUAUGACACAAUCUUUGGCAACCCCAGUCUAUACUGGCAAUCACAUCACUACCUCAAACCGGAAGGAUCCUACAUCUGCGUUGGCUUCCCACCCAUCUUUCAGUUCAUCAGGACUCUUAUAUGUAUCAAAUUGCUACCUCGAUGGUUGGGUGGUGGAAAGAGAAUAUUUAAAUUUCAGUCAGUCGUUGCGAAUCGGCAGGACUUUGAACAGAUGGCUGAAUGGAUUAGGCAAGGAAAGGUGAAGGUUAUUGUCGAGGAGGGGUUUGUCUUGGAGGAUGCGGGCAGGGCCUAUGCGAGUUUGAAAGGAGGCAGGUCCAGAGGAAAGAUAGUGGUUCGCAUUAGCGGAGAACCUGAUGGUGAACAGUGA